GUCCGCGUACGUAUUAUCUGCGGUGAAAAGGGUCUGCGGCUUAGGGCCUAGUACCUAUCAGGGGAGACCAAUUCCUGCUCGACUGGGAAUGCAAACACAGGCUUCAAGUGACGAAAAUCAGGGGCCGCGGCCUCCAUAAUCAUCAUUCAUUGCACAAGAUCUACCAAGCUCAUGGUGGCCUCAGGAAGAGCUGAAUCCAGCAUCGAACAAACUCGCUCGCCAUUGAAUAUGCCCGCGCAGUGCACGAGCUAUUAUAUCGAACCCUCUUCAUCUAUCCGCAAGUCCUCCGCCCCCAUCAGCGUCCUCCCACCAGAUGUCCUCCUGAUGAUCUUCCGUGCCGUCCUCGAUGUUGAGUCGGACUCGACAAUAAUGGCCUCAUUCGCAGCGGAUUGGGACGAACCAGAUCCCUGUCUACCUCGUAGCGACCCAAACUUCAGGUGGCCGUUCCAGGAGUCGCUUACCUCCGUCUGUUGUCUUUGGCGAGAGCUGAUGGCAAGCGUUUCCACCUUCUGGACAUGCCUCGUUAUUUGGAUCGACGAGGAACCUCCACAGCUUGCAAGAAUCCGUGACUAUGUUACCUGGUCGCGAGACCGCCUCAUCGACAUUUACAUCCUACGAAGAGAUGCCCUGCGACCGCAUACAAAGGGGGAUCCUACAGAGAAAGCUCAUGUAAAGGCCGUCAUGGACGUGCUUUCCCCUCAUAUGAAGAGAUGGCAAACUCUUCGCGUGCGGCUUCUCCAUUCCAGCUCACUUCCACUCCCUCGCGUCGACCUUGUUGGGUGCGCGGACGAGCUGAUAUUGCUCAGGCUCAGCUCCGUGAUCGACGACACCGUCGCAAGCAUUGAAGCGGCGCCAUCCCUGGAUGGCGAGUUCCACGCCCCUAAGCUCUUGUGGCUCUACAUGGGCGGUUUCCCCUUCCGCGAGGUGUACGUGAAGCCGUUUCCUCGGUUACCACUGCCACCUCGCCUCGACGGUGUUUAUCUGCUGGAGUACGACUCGCAUCACCCGCCUUUCCCGCUCGUCGACCUCUUGAGCUGUCUCGCCAGCUGCAACGGUCUCUAUAAAGUCCAGCUCGCCAAUCUGAAACUGGACUGCUCAUAUACCGGACCACCCAUUUUGGAAUCGACUAUGACUUGGGAUGUCAUCGACUUCAUCGAUAUGACGGGCAACAUCAUCUCGGAGUACAACCGACUCCUCGAUUAUUCGUACGCCGAGAUGGCGUCGUACACGCGGUGCUCGAUGGAUACACCCGCUCAACUUGGAGACUCGUACGUAAUCAGCAUGGAAGGAAUUGUAAAUGCGAUGGCACUGUUCAGCCUCCUCGCGGGUGCGCAGGGCCAGGAGUCGUGCCGCCGGGCCUGGUUCAUUUCAUGCGACGGCUUGUGCUCGGAGAUCAUACGUGCGCUUGCCAUGCCAAUACCGACACCCCUGGGAGAGUUCUGGGUCUGCCGGUACCUCAAGGGGCUCACGAUCGUCGGAUGCACGCAGUUUCGCAGCUCGGACCUGCGGUCCCUCUUCGAGGCGCGCCGCGACGCACACGCAGCAACCGGCUUCGUGGAGGAUGACGAGCCUGGACACCUGGUGUCGACAGUGAACUUCCUGCACGUGCGCGAUUGCUGCGAGCUUGCGCCGGAAGACAAGGAGUGGUUUCAUCGCUACGUGGCCACGGUUCGUUGGGACGACUGGAGGGGAGGAUACAACAACCCAUCUUGAAUCGGUAAACCCCGUCCACAGGUCCGAGGCGUGGACAUCCCAGAUGCACGGUGGAAUCUUUGUGCUAUUGCUCGGGAGUAUGCUCUUUCUGAAUUCGCAACCCAUCAUUGUCUCGUGACGCAGCGUACGGGCUAGCCUUGUUCUUGGGAUACUUCAUUGUCACCGGUUGCAAAGUUGGACUCGGCAUUGUCGAGCAAGUAGAGCCAUAGAACUCACGAACUUUACCCUGGCUACUUAAUGUAUCUAGCUCCGUAGCCAUGAUCUCCCCCGAGGCCGUCGCAUCUCUCACCAGAUGAUCCCAUUGUCUUGCACUACGUGUUCGG